AUGGGGACGGGGUCUUGCUGUCCCCAGGCCGGCCCCGUGCACCCACCCAGCUCACCCCACCCGUGUCCCUUUCCACCCCCCCCCAGUGGUGUUCCCAGUGUUCCCCUCUUGCACUCCCAGUGCCCCCCAGCAGGCCCAGUGCCACCACUCUGGGUGUCCCCAGGACCCCUCCCGCACCACCAGGGACCCCAUUUCCCCCCCCCCAGUAACAUCCCCCAGUACCCUAAUGGGAAACCCCAGUGCCCCCCAGUACCCCCAGGGACACUCCGGGGAGCUCGCUGUGUCCCCUCCCUGCUGUCCCCAGCAGCUCCCUGUGCCCUGUGCCCCCCAGCCCCUUGUCCCUUGUCCCCCCCCCCUCCUCGCUGUCCCCGCUGUGCCCCCCCCGGCCCCGCCGACGCCGACCCCUGGGCUCCUGCAGCGCCGAUCCCGGCCGCCAGGGGGCGGAAGGACCCAGCACAGCCCCGUACAGCCCAGUAUAGACCAGUACAGACCAGUACGGUCCCGUUCAGCCCAGCACAGUCCAGCACAGUCCAGUACAGCCCCGUACAGCCCACUGCCUGCUACCUGUCCCCAACAGAGCACACGCAGGCGCCCGCAUCCAUCCCAAAGCCAGCAUUUAUUUGGGCGUGCUCCAGGCUGGGGGGGCACACGCACACUCCUCACCUACAACUAUUUACAAUGCCCAGCAGUGGGCAGGGUGCUCCAGCAGCACCCAUGGGUGCUGGAGGCCACCCCACUGCAGCCCUGUCUCACCCCUCCUGGAUGUGCCCCCCCCACCCAUGGCACAGGUCCUGUCCCCAGAGGGGGCCGAGGCCAUGUCCCCAUGCCCGCAGCCACCUCGCCCAGCCUGGUCCUAAAAAACUGGAGAGGGGUGGGUGGGGAAACUGA